CAGACCGGGCCCAUGGCGGCGUCGGCGGCCCUGUCCGCGGCAGCGGCGGCUGCCAUGUCGGGCCUGGCGGUGCGGCUGUCUCGCUCGGCCGCGGCCCGCGGCUCGUACGGCGCCUUCUGCAAGGGGCUCACACGCACGCUGAUCACCUUCUUCGACCUGGCCUGGCGGCUGCGCGUGAACUUCCCCUACUUCUACGUCGUGGCUUCAGUGAUUCUCAACGUGCGCCUGCAGGUACAUAUUUAGAGCAACUAACUCUGUGGCAUUGGGGGGUGCCCAGCAGGAUGGCUGACCUCCACCCACCAGUUCAGCCGCCCUAGAGCAAAGCGACCAGCUCGCCUCGCGCACACAGACUUGCCGGCCUGUCUUGCCAUUGCCCCAUCUUUUCAUGUAAAUGCGCGGCUAGAAGUCAAUUGCGGAAAGCCUGCAAUGUAACCAAAAAAGCCUAAGAUAUAAUGAAAAGUUGAAUCUCAAGGAAAUAGCUAAUUCAAAGAACAGAACCUAAAAAUCUGAAAAUCCUCAGAAAUAUUUGAGAAGUUCUUGCAUCCAUAAAACAAAAGACAGCACCGAAGGUAGGGAAAUGACAAUAAGCACAGGAUGCCCUAAAGGAAAAGUUACUAACAGCUUAAAAAAAGAUAAACUGUACAAGAAUGGUCCAAAUAGGAGGCAAAUCCUCCAAAUUAGAAAAAGAAAUGACUAGACUUCCAACUGAAUGGAAUCGAUUCUAGGCAACAAGAAUGUAUCGCAUGAUCGGAAAGACAUACAUUUCUUCAUCCCAAAAGAAACAACAACGGCAAACAGAACCUACUGGGAAAAACAAACAUUUCAAACUGUACAAGGAGAGCAUGCUUCACAUAUGAAGCAACC